GCCAACAUGAAGACAGCCUCAGUCUUGCUUCUGGUGGCUUUGAUCGCCGUGGGAAUGAACAUUACCUAUGCUCUGUUUUCUCCCACAAAAUUAGAAAAACCUGGAAAGUGUCCCAAGAAUCCCCCAAGAAGUAUUGGCACUUGUGUUGAAUUAUGCUCAGGAGAUCAAUCGUGCCCCAACAUACAGAAGUGCUGUUCCAAUGGCUGUGGUCAUGUUUGCAAAUCUCCUGUCUUUUAAGUUACUAACAGCGAUGUGGAAUAUGGAUUUGAUCUUCAUAAGCACGACUGAUGGCCAGCCCCAGAAGAUUUCUUCUGAAUCCCUAGAGCCCAUGCUUGGCUCCUCCCUUGUCCUAGAAUUGCAUCCUUGGAAAAGGAAGAUCUAUACUGUGAUGACAGCUUCCUAAUGUGUUUGUGUCCACAAAUAAACUCUCCUUAGCAUUC